AUGAACAGCUGGGCGCCUCCGGGAACUGCGGGCGGAAGCGGCCCGGCAGGCGUGCGGGGCUUGCGAGUAGACGGGCUGCCCCCGCUGCCCAAGAGUCUCAGCGGGCUGCUCAACUCGUCGUCGGGCGGUGGCGCGCCGGGCGGCUGGCGGCAUCUGGAGCGGUUGUACGCGCAGAAGUCGCGCAUCCAAGACGAGCUGAGCCGCGGGGGUACCGGGGGCGGCGCGGCGCGGGCCGCGGCGCUGCCAGCCAAGCCCCCCAACUUGGACGCGGCGCUAGCGCUGCUCCGCAAGGAAAUGGUUGGCCUCCGACAGCUGGACAUGUCCCUGCUCUGUCAACUCUACAGCCUCUACGAGUCAAUUCAGGAGUACAAAGGAGCAUGCCAGGCAGCCUCCAGCCCAGAUUGUUUGUAUGCUCUGGAAAAUGGUUUCUUUGAUGAAGAGGAAGAGUAUUUCCAGGAGCAGGGCCGGCUUCAUGGCAGGAGGGAGCGAGGAGUCCCACGGGACAUGGCACUGCCUAUCUCAUCCCUGUCUAGCAGUGACUGGAUCCUGGAGUCCAUCUAG